AUGGCUCCAAAAACGCCUGCAAAGACGUCCACCAAGAACCGAAAACACAAUGAACCCACUGCUCCAAAGCCUUCCGCCUCGGACCCACCAAAUGUCCCUCAUGUCAAUUAUGCAGAGGUCCAGGCCGAAGAGAUUGACGUUCUUCAGGCCAUUUAUAUGCAUGACUAUGAAGAAGUAGAAAUCAAGUCUGCUUGGAGCAAGAGCUCCGAUCGAGCGUUCAAGCUCAAGUUGAAAGCCUUCUCCGAUGAAUCCACCUUUGUCGUUCUUUCUGCCAAGUUGACGGCAACUUAUCCCAAGUCUGCGCCUGUGCUUCAAAUCGAAGGUUUGGAUAAGUUACAAGCUCAGGCCAGGAAGCGCAUUUCGAACAUUGUCAAGACUAGACCAGCCGAAAUGGCCGGCGAAGUCAUGAUUCACGCCAUAGCGACCGACGUCCAGGAAGCUCUUGAAGAUGCAGUUCAAGCCAGAGAGCAGGGUGUGCUACCCAGUCUGGAAGAUGAGCGCAUGAACCAGGAGGCUGCUGCCUUCGAUCAAGCCCAGGAAGCAGAGAAGGACGAGGCCAAGAGAGUGCAGGCCGCACAAGACGAGGAAGACCGCGCCAUGCAACGAUUGGUCCAGGAUAUGGUUGCGCGCCGUGAAACCAAACAGCGCGAUCGGUCUUCCCGCACCCAGAUGGGAUCCAGUCCACACCCUUCUUCUGUCGAAGACGACAAUAAUACUCUCAACUUCGAUCAAGAGGUUGCGCUCGGACCUGGUAUGGAAAGCGCCCCCUUCAAUAGCGUCGCGUUGAUAGCGCCCAUUGCUUCCAAAGGACAGAUGGACAUCUAUUCCGCUAAGCCUAAGUCCUCCAGAAGUUCCCUCAUGCCGCCGAUCAUGCUUGCGGUCCGUCGUGCAUCCUUGAAGAUUGUACAUGGCGAUGCCGCGAGUAAAAACCAUCUGCUGGCUCUGGAAGAAGAGCUUGAAGCUCUGAAGGUACUUCGCCAACCCAACAUCGUCAACGUCUAUGCUUUCAAGGUUGAAAAAUCUGAAGGGAAAGAUGGAGGAUUGAAUCAAGAUUGGGACGUCUCGGUCUUGUCGGACCUUGCCAACAGAGGAAGUCUCGCGGAGAUGCUCGAGGACGGCGGUACGGUGCCGCCCGCUAAAGCAAAACAAUGGUCUCUGGAUUUGUUGGAAGCCUUGGAUUACUACCAUCGCCACGGCAUUGUACACAAACGCAUACACAGUGCCAAUAUUUUGUUACUCCGAUCAGACACCGGAGUUACGGCACCGAAAUUAGCAGACGCUGCCUAUGAAGACAGAUUACUCAGGCUGCAAGGUCGAGCAGGCACUUUGGAAAAGGGCAAGAAGAUGGCAGCAUGGCUUGCACCCGAGUGCUCAGGCGAAGACGCCAUCUUUACUCGACGAAGCGAUGUUUGGGACUUCGGCGUACUGCUUGUUCAGAUGCUUUUUGGUACUGCAGUGACUCGCAAGUACAAUGGCCCCAUGGCUAUGCUUGAGUCUCUUGAUCUUUCUGAACCGCUGAGCGAUGUCUUGCGCAGAGUGUUCAGCAAGGAGCCAAAGAACAGACCUACGGCCUUCGAGUUGAUCCCUAGCGAGUUCUUCCGCAGCGACCUGCCAAUCAUCAAUGCAGAGUAUUCCAAAAGCCAACGGAGGCAAUCAUCUUCAAUGGGCUUUUCUGGCGACUUCAAAAGUCCUAUUGCUAGACGCUCUAGGCAAAAUUCCCAGAGCAUUGGGGAAGCUCCUUCAUUCUCUAGAUAUACCAAGGACUUCACUGAGCUCGGUCGCCUGGGCAAAGGUGGAUUCGGCGAAGUCGUCAAAGCACGCAACAAGCUUGAUGGCGGAGUCUACGCCAUCAAGAAAGUCAAGCAAGACUCGGCUGCACAACUAGAGCACGUUUUGUCUGAAGUCAUGCUCUUGCAUAGACUGAAUCAUGCUUACGUGGUCCGUUACUACUCAGCUUGGGUCGAAGAUGAUUUGUCCGGCAUGGUAGAGCUGGACCAGGAAUCUGUGUCGUUUGAGGACGGGACAACGACCUCUAACGAUGAUGGUAUUCAGUUUGGCAUGAGCAGCCGUGGCUUGGACUUUGUCAGUUCGAGUGGUCUUGGUGAUGACAUUGUCUUCGGCGAAGAUAGUGACGAAGAUGAAGAAGAAGAAGAAGAUGAUGAUGAUGAAGACGAUGAGGUCACUGAAUCUGGCACCGAGACUGAUGGUCGUGUCAUGAAUGCAAGAUCUAUGUUCAGACACGGAGCACCAUCGGAGAGUGCCAUUAGUGAUGGCGAGGAUACCGAUUCGCGACCUCAAAGAACGCAUCGUGCCUCGUCCCGACGCUUCAUGCGCUCCACACUCUAUAUUCAGAUGGAGUAUUGCGAGAGACAUACUCUUCGAGAUCUGAUCAGAAAAGACAUGUACGCGAGGCCCGAACAAGGUUGGCAGAUGCUCCGACAGGUUCUUGAAGGUCUUGCCCAUAUCCACAAUCACGGCAUCAUCCAUCGCGAUCUCAAGCCUGACAACAUUUUCAUCGAUGUUGCAGGCAAUCCUCGUAUUGGAGACUUUGGUUUGGCUACAACAAGCCAGUACACCAGUGCUGACAAAGUCCUGGCCAGCACCAACACUGGCGCUGAUAUGACCAGAAGUGUCGGAACUGCCAUGUACGUCGCACCUGAGAUCAAGUCGGGUUCUGGAGUAAACUACAACGACAAAGUCGACAUGUAUUCGCUUGGUAUCAUAUUCUUCGAGAUGUGCUUCCCUUUGCGAACAGCUAUGGAGCGUCACGAAGUGCUGUUAAGGAUGAGAGAAAAGGAACAUGCCUUGCCUUCGGAGUUCCAAGCACCGGAGAAGGUGCUCCAGGGCAACAUCAUCAUGGAUCUCAUCAGCCACUCUCCUGGCGAUCGCCCGAGCAGCUUGGAACUCCUUAGAAGCGGGAAGCUGCCGGUGCAGAUCGAGGAUGAGACUAUCCGACAAGCUUUACAAAGUCUUACCGAUCCAGGAUCGGAGUAUUAUCAGAAGAUGAUGACAGCUUUGUUCACCCAGACCCCUGAUCAACGAAUCAAGGACUUUGCAUGGGAUGCCAAAGCCAGCAAGCAGCCACUCACAGCCGAAGACCUCCGUGUGAGAGACAUUGCCAGAACUACUCUUUGUUCAAUAUUCCGUAGACACGGUGCCGAGGAGACACAACGCCCUUUGCUGCUUCCUCGUUCCAGCUACUACACAGCUCCGAAUACCGUUCAGCUUUUGGACGGUACUGGCAACCUCUUGCAGCUGCCAUAUGAUCUGGUCCUACCACAUGCUAGACGUCUUGCCAAACAAGAACCUGCAGUCGACAAGACUUACGUCUUUGGUAAUGUCUUCCGUGACACUCUGAGUGGAGGUCCUCCCAGGACCAUCAAGGAGGUCGACUUUGAUAUCGUGACCAAAGAGAGCGAUGACCUUGCACUUCAAGAAGCAGAAGUUCUCAAAGUGGUCGACGAGAUCAUCGAUGAGAUCCCUGCAUUGUCUUCACAACCAAUGUGUUUCCAUCUCAGUCAUUCUGAUCUGCUGGAGCUCAUCCUUGACUUCUGUCGAAUCGACAAAUCCCAACGACCGAUUGUCAAGGAAACCCUCAGCAAGUUAAACAUCCAUCAAUUCGGCUGGUCAAAGAUCCGAGCUGAACUUCGCUCACCCUUGAUUGGCAUCCAUUCCACAUCACUCGAUGACUUGGCACAGUUUGACUUCCGUGAAACUCCAGACAAGGCUUUGAGAAAGUUGCAAGAGAUACUAGAAGACAGCACACACGCGAGCAGAAUCAGAAGACCCAUGGAGCACAUUAAGCGUGUGGUCGAUGCGAUGAAGCUUUUCGGUAUACGACGCAAGAUCUACAUUUGUCCCUUGAGCAGCGUCAACGAGAAGUUCUACACAGGUAGUGUGUUGUUCCAAUGCAUAUAUGACAAGAAGAACAAGAACGUCUUUGCUGCGGGCGGAAGGUACGAUCGACUUAUCGACGCCCACCGCUCUCGUGCUCAUGCUACAAGUGAAGCUUGUCAUGCUGUUGGCGUCAGCAUCGGUUGGGACGGUCUCAUUGCUGCCAUUAUGAGACACAAGAAGAACGCAGUCAACAGUGCAUAUCUCAAGAAGGGUGGACAUGAGGAUUCGCACAGCCCAGUGUGGAACGCAAAGCGCUGCGACAUCCUUGUAGCUUCAGGCGAUCCAACAGUCCUCCGAUCCACAGGCAUCAAGGUUCUCUCCAGCCUCUGGGCCAACGACUUCAGCGCCGAACUAGCCACAGACGCCCGAACCAUCGACGAUGUGCUCAGCAAGCAGCGCGAUGCAUCUCACCCCUGGAUCGUCAUGGUCAAGCACGAAGCCUCCAGCACCCUCAAAGUCCGCAACAGCACCACCGACACCGAGACCGAAGUCGCCAGCACAAACCUGAUCGCACACAUGCGCUCCGAGUUGCGCGAACGCGAGUCCCGCGAAGCAGGUAACCAUCGCUCUCGCCACCAUCCCUCACUCAUCCGCCACUCCUCGCACCAUAACAAUGAAAGCAACAGCAACGGCGAGCACCGUGGCAAAAACAACGUUCAAGUCCUCAUGGCUCAACACCGCGGCAAGAAGAGCAACAAAUACCACAUUGUCGAAGCAGCACAGUCACGCUGGGCCACCUACAUCGAUACCUGGAAAUCCGCGCCUAUUCUCGCCAUUGAAGGCAGAGAAGGCAUUGUAGACAAUAUACGCGACGACACCCGACUAUCCGAUCCAGACUCGUGGCGGAAGUUCAUUCAGAGUAUGCCGUUGGCGGAACGUCAGUAUCUUGCUCAGGUGCAUGAGUUGCUGUUGGAGAUGAGGAAGAAGUGGGAGCAGCAGGAGGAAGGGGCUGGUAGGGAGGCUUGCUUGUAUAAUUUCAGGACUGCGAAUUGUGUUUAUUAUGAUGUUGGUUUGUAG